GACUGCAUCGAGCUCGUCAUCCACCUUGAUAAAAAGAGCAGGUGGUGGUGGCACAUGGUGCCGUCCUGGUGCAUGGCGCUGCCACUGCCGCUUGACGAGGCGGCAAGCGAGAUCGAGCAGCUCAAGGCGAGGGUGGAGGACGUGAGCACCAGGAACACGCGCUACAGCCUCAUCAGCGACACGGGCUCCAAGCCCAUCAUCCUCCAGCAGGAGCGGGCGGCGUUUGGCGCCGCCAUUAUCGCUGCGACCACGGCCGAUAUGCUGGCGGAGGCAAGGGGCGCCACCAAGAGGCAGCAAGGAUUCAGCGACCUCACCUGGCUGAUCACCAAGAAGAAGCACGACCACAACAAUGGCCUUCAAGUGAUCUCGGUUUGGGGUGCGGCCGGUGACCAUGGUAUCACAUCCAUCAUCAGGAAGACCUACAACCACACAGAGAUAUGCCAAGACUUCCCCUUCCGCUCCUGGGUGAAAAUCAUUCAUCCUUUCAGUCCCCACCAAUUCAUGCGCAACAUGAUGGCUCAGUUCCAUGUAACCUCUUGCAUGGAACACAGAGCUAUCAUUGGCAGGGAUGUGUUUGAGAAGAUGGGGGCCACUCAAGAAGAUCUCUUAACUGAGUUCGAGCGGAUAUUCAAGAAGAAGAGGUACCUCAUCGUCUUGGAAGGCCUGUCACACAUGGUAGAUUGGGAUGCUAUCAGGGCAUUUCUUCCUGACACCAUAAAUGGCAGCCGGAUCAUCGUGCUAACGCAGCAAUCCGAAAUAGCAACCUUGUGCAUCGGACACUCAUACCAGGUGGUGGAGCUCCGAAAGUUCUCGGAAGAGCACUCUGUUUGUGCACUCUACAAGGCUUCUCAAGGUGAUGGAGAUAAAGACAAGAACCCAGUGGAUGCUGAUGCUGGUAAAGAUCAAGGCAUAGAACCAAUGGCUUCUAUGGAGAACAAAGUUAGAGAGGAAAAAAUCAUGUCACUUAAAGAGGAAGCAAAGGAGUGGCGGGAGGAGAACGAUGGCCUUGUAGGACGUGAGUCACAAAUGACUGACCUUGUUAAAUGUCUAUCUGAGGCACGUGUCCACUCUCUCCCAGUAAUGUCCGUAUGGGGGAUAGCUCAAGUUGGGAAAUCAGCACUUGUCAAAAAAUUGUUCUAUGACACAGUGCUUCCGCUUCAGGGUGGCAAAUCCAAAUAUGAGGAUUAUUAUUGGGUGGAUGUAUCCCAUCCAUUUAAUAUGAGAGACUUGUAUAUGACCCUACUUUCUGAUUUUCAUUCGGAGAAAGAACCAACUGAAGAAUGUCACCGUCUUCUGAAGAAAGAUUGGUGCCUCAUUGUUAUCGAUGAUCUCCUGUCCACAAAGGAUUGGGAUAUGAUACAAUCUGCCUUGGUAUCCAAACAUUUAAAGAGCGUUGUCAUUGUCAUCACAACUGAUCCAAUCAUUGCUGAAUAUUGCACAAAUAAAGAAGAGCUCGUGUUUAAUGUCAAGGCUCUAGAAGCUACCGACGCCUUUGAUCUCUUCAAAAAGCAGGUACUUAAGAAGGUUUUACCAUACCCUUUAAAUGAGCAUGAGAAGGGUGUAAAAGAACUUAUUUCAAAGUGUGGGGGUCUUCCCAAAGUAAUAUCUGCUAUAGCUGCGUUACUGGCCACGAAGACUAGCAAAAGGAUAGAAAUUAUUAAUUCUUUGAAUGACAGAUUUAUGCACCGUCUGAAGACUGAUCUGGAGUAUGACAAUCUACAAGAUCUAUUUGGCUGGCUGAAUUCUUACUUCCGUACUUGUCCCGAUGCCCUCAAGCCAUGUAUCUUCUACCUCUCGAUUUUUCCUCAAGAUAAAACCAUCCGGCGGAGGCGACUGGUAAGGCGAUGGAUCGCGGAGGGCUACUCCAGGGACAGCGACAAUGAAUCUGCAGAGGAGAAUGGGGAGAAACACUUCGCUAAGCUGCUUGAACUGAGCAUAAUUCAGCAGAUAUCAUUGGAGUCGUUGUCGUCGUCAACAUCAGUCAACAGCUAUACAUUCAGUGUGGACAAAGUUAGGAUGGUUAUGUGCCAGGUGAAUGGUUUCAUUCGGGAGUACGUCGUGUCACGGCGCAUGGAAGAGAAUCUUGUGUUUGAACUGGGUGGCAAGUGUGCACUAACCACCCAACGCAAUGGGCGUCACCUUGUCAUAUUGGAUACAUGGAGAAGAGAUAAAAUUGUGUUUGCCAGCAUGGACUUCUCUCGGCUACGGUCACUAACGGUGUUUGGAGGGUGGGAGUCAUUCUUUAUCUCUGAAAGUAUGAAGAUGCUUCGGGUGCUUGAUCUAGAGAAUGCAAAGGCUUUAAAUGAUGGUGAUCUUGCCAAGAUAUUGGACUGGUUGCGUCGCCUCAAGUUCCUCUCAUUGCGAGGGCACACUGAGAUCAACCAUCUGCCAGGUUCAUUACAUCAUCUGAGGCAGCUCCAGACACUCGAUGUGAGGGGCACCUCAAUAACUACCCUUCCAAAGAAGAUCACCAAGUUACAGAAACUGCAGUACAUUCGUGCCGGCACCCUCACCAUCAACAUUGAACCACCAGUUUCAUCCAGCAGAUGCAGUAGGCCUACAAUCAGUGUUGAGGUGCCUGCAAAGAUUGGGGAACUGACUGCGUUGCACACACUUGGUGUUGUCAACAUCACUGCUUCAGGCACAAAGAAAACAGUGAAAGAGCUCCAGAAGCUCACCCAGUUGCGCAAGCUCGGGGUGUCCGGCAUCAAUGGGAAGAACAACAGCAAUUUUUUCUCUGCAAUCAAAGAUCAUGCCCAUCUGGAAUCCUUGUCAAUUUCGCUCAACAAGGAUAACAAGAAAGGUCGUUGCUUGGAUGACAUGAUCUUCCUGCCUUGUACAAACCUUCGGAGCCUUAAGCUAUAUGGGCUUGAAGAUAUGUUGCCAAAAUGGACGGACGAGCAGCUUGAAAAGUUUGAAAAUCUCACAAAGCUGGAGCUGGAGAUGGCCUCUUUACCAGAAGAUGUCAUAAGGCUCGUUGACAAGCUUCCAGAACUACGUAUUCUUCGUGUCAAGCUGCGUCAAGCCGGUGAGCUCAAUUUCUGUGUCAUGGUGAAUGAAUUCGAGGCCGACUCCUACAAAAAGAUCAAGAUUCUUGAGAUUUCCUGCUCUGAAAGUUUACCUGUGAGUGUGACUUUUGGAUCAUCAACAAUGAAGAACCUUGAGCUGCUCAAGGUUGAGUGCUACGGUGGGUUACCGCCUUAUGAGUUCAGUGGCCUGGGAGACCUAGAAGAACUCAGGGAAAUCGUGCUAGUUAAUGGCUCCAACGCCCAAGCACUGAAGCAACAACUCGAUGACCAGCUUGUCAAGGACCAGCCGAAAGAAAAGAAGCCUGUCGUGAAGCUGCUCGUCCUGAAGGGUCAUCAAUCAUAGCAGUUUGGUUUGUUCCAGUUUGUGUUUUUACCAUACUAGCUCAAUGUCCAGUACGCCUUGAUUUGUUUGUGUAAUAUAUUUCUCUUGUACAAUUUACAUUGGCAUCAUUGUGAUGUGGAGGGGACUGUUUAUUUCCUGUUUUCUUAAUUUUUUAACUACCUGCCAUUGUAAUCUCUUCUUGCUGCUUCCAUACUAGUGCAACACUCUACCAGCUAGUAGUAUUUGUACAUGUUUCUUCUCAAUUGCCUUGAUUAUGAUGUAUGACUGUUACCGAGGUAGCAUACUGAUACUAUCAUAAAGAGAUGGUUGGCGUUAUCCAUCUUGCUUAUCCAUUCAAAAGGAUGUCUAUAUUCAAUUUUGAUGUAUAUAUCGAUCUUUGUGUACCUGUCUCCUUUGUAGUUACAAGUAGGGCCAUUUUGCUCAGUUUUUGAAAUGGCUCUGUAUGCAGAUGACAUUUAACGUUGAUCGAGUUAAUAGAGCUAACGACCACUAGCUAGCUGCAGAUUCGUUUGGUUAGGUUAAAAAUCAGUUGAGUUUCUUACUGAUGACCUUGGUGGAACCCCCCAAGCUAGUCUCGGCAUACUUAUCUAGGUCUCGCGAGUCUCAAUCGAUCUUAAUUAGCAGGAGUUCGAUCGAUCCCUCAAGUCUUCUCAGUAAUCUGGCUGACUCCAGUUAACAAUGUCUGUCAGAACAUUAGAAAAAACAGUGCCAAUCAGAUCUGGCUUUUCAAACUGAAAGUGGUACAAUGUGAAGUAAAGAAAAAAACACGUCAUCAUUAUAUUAUGAAGAUCGAGAUUGGCAGUUUGGAGUCGACGAUGCCGAUACACUCGUUCAAGGCAUAUUAAUUACCUAGCUGUUGUGCGCUAACUUAAAUUUUCAUGGUGGAGUCGAUCGAGAACAUGGCCGGCUAGCUAGCUAAACCCAAGGAUGGAUCUCAAGCUCUAACUAAGCAAGCAUGCAUGCAUGUGAGGGCUGUCGACCGAGCUAACCAAUUGAAUUACCAUGCAUCUAGCGAACUACUACACCUUAAGUUAUGCAUGAUUUGUUUGUGUAUGGAGCAGUCAGAGCGAUCGAGCUAGCUUUGCGUGCAGAUCGAAUCGUUGACACCAAGAUUAACGAGGCUAAUCGUGCCAAUGCCCAUCAGCCCAUGUUCAUCGACUGCAGUGGCGGAGCAGGAUAUUAUUUAUCAACUGUUUUCAGUUUCCACUCAAGAACUACAGUAGAAAUUUUUAUGUAUGUGCAUUUUAUAUUGUUUUUUCUAUAGAUGAUAUUUUCUUGUAUGAAGUAUUCUACUAGACUACUACACAUCCUAUAUUUCUUAUUUUUAUUUAUCUGUUUAGCUGUGUCUACGCACUUGAAACAAUUCGUUGAUGUUAUGGAAAUUGCUCCCUUUUUCAAAAAUAAUUUUAUUGUAUAGUGUUAUGCCCUCCGAAUAAGCACAAGACAUAACAAGGAAAUUUGCCAAAUUGAAAAGGGUGUGCGGCUCCAAACAGUCUACAUGAAGGAGAGAACAACGACCUAGGCAUGCACAUGGGCCGUGGAAGGAUCUAAAAUCAACUCUUUGUGGCUUGAACACAUCCUAAAGUUACAUGUAGGUAUGUACAAAGUUGAGCUAUUGAAGGUAUGUGUCAACUUC